CCAGAGACCAUUCCUUCGUCAAAUUAAACGCAGAUCUUCUUCCACGUUCUACUACCUACCUUUUUCUUCUCCUUGUACUCGAUCGGGAGUGCAGAUAUAUCUAGAGAGAGAAGCCGAGAUGAGCGUAGAGAUAUUGGAUGGAGCCACCAUUCGCGACUUCGUGGAGGAUGAGGGAGCCUUCAACGGCUCAGUGGAGGAUCGGUUUGCAAGCCUCGACACCGACCGUGAUGGCCGGCUCUCGUACGCAGAGAUGGCGAGGGAGUUGAUGAGCCUCAGAGUGCUGGAGACCCACUUCGGCAUGGAUGAGGUGAAGUUGAGCCACGACGAGCUUGUUCAGCUCUAUCACGGUCUAUUUGCUCGGUUCGAUCAUGACGGCAACGGAGCAGUAGACCUGGAAGAGUUCCGGGCCGAGAUGAGGGAGGUGAUGCUCGCGGUGGCGAACGGGCUCGGGUUCUUGCCCGUCCAGAUGGUAGUGGAGGAGGGGAGCUUCCUUAAGAUGGCUGUGGAGAGGGAGGCAGCCAAGUAUGAGGCAUAGGAGUCUUAUUUUAUUUUAUUUUAUUUUUUUGAGACUUAUGUCUUCUAUCAAAUCUAAUUUGCAAUUUCUUGCAAGGAUUGCUUGUAUUGGAAAAUACCAGUCUGAGGAAAUAAAUGAAGGAAGAGGACAAGUGUUCAGCUAUAAAAUUAGAAGAUUUAAGAUUUAGAUGUCUGUGUGUUGUACGUAAGAGUGAUUUUUGUACGGGGUAAGAACCAAUUGCUAAUGAGUUUCGUGUUGUUGAGGUGAAUAAACAGAGAAGAAUGGAGGGGUGAAGAAACCCCCACAGAUUUAUUUCAUACCAAA